AUGCCACCAUCGCACGAGGAGUUGAUCCACAAUCAUUCCGGCCGUCAUGCUUCGGGUGGCACCGCCACCGCGGCUGUCCCCUGGGAUUCGGACAGCGUCGCGUAUGUCGGGAUGGAGUACUCCAACAAGGGUGCCUGUUCCCAGAAACGGUCGGCGGCCGUCGACUUUUACGGUGGCGGCGGAACCGCCUCAACCGGAAGAGGGUGCUCGCAGAACAAGGCAGCAGCACCGGCGGCCUACUUGAACAUGAACUCCGACGGAAGCAUUCGAUCCCAACCAGCGGCGCGCCUCUGCCAGGCGGAGGGCUGCGAAGAGCCAGCCCUUAGGAUUGAUGACCGGUCGCCCGGGGCCCUCUGCCAGAGACACCUGCAGGAUGGGAUGCAGCGAGUCGCCCACAACGACCGGAUCUACGGGACGCACCGGUAA